AUGAGAGCCACACAGGAGAAUAACGAUGGCAACCAAAGCACCGACCCGUCUCCAAAGCUGAAGAUGGAUGGCUUCUAUGCCUGUCCAGUGUGCCCGCGUAACUUCCGCAACGGCCUAGCUCUCGGUGGCCACCUAGCCUCCCAUCGGCGCGCCAAGAAGAAUGCAGAUCAAGGCGCAUCGAACCAAGCCCAAGUGAACCACCUGCCCGCGAAUCCGUCAAGCCAACCGCAAGCCCCCACCCCAAUCGGAUCCGAUAGCUACUCGAAAAGGUCACUUAAAUUUAACUUUGCACAGAGUCAACAAUUCAUGUCGAGUCCUAACCGUGCAGGAGAGAGUUCCACUCAACCAAGUAACUUUCGAUUUCAUCGAGUCAUUCAACGCUUCGACGGUUGGGCAACUGCUGAAAGGUUACAGACUCGAGAUUUUCUCGGUAAGAUAAACCUCAAGCACGGUAGAAAGGAAGAGGCUGGUGGUCACUGGGACAGCUUGGAUCUCUCUUUGCAUCUUUAG